AAACAACAUAAACCACCACAAUCACAGCGUUUAUCAUCACCGUUGAAUGCCGACUCAGCCACUGUUGAAGUAGAAGCCGAAAAAUUGAAAAAACUCUUGGAAUGGGAGUUGUCAUCGUUGGAAGCUGAUGACUUGCGGUCGCAUGCCUGGUACCAUGGUAAUCAGGUGGACCGGGCUGAAGCUGAGCGGMUUUUACGRCAAUGUGUCGCUGAAGAGUAUGGUUUAGCUACUAAUAUUAUAAUAACUGCGAAUGACACGGUUUCGAUUUCUUCUCCGAGCGAUGCUUCUGCUACUGCCACUAAAGGCUCUUCGUCUCUACAACAGCGUGUCGAAGAAACCAGUGAUUCGGAUGGGGUGGAAGACCUUAGCAGUGACAGUAGUGAUGUGGAUCUCGGUAUUAAUGACUUCAUGGACGAACGUGGCAUAGCUCUGGCUCUUUCCGUAUUCAAGUCAACUGCAAUGGAUGCGGCGCUGCUAAAAAGACCUAAAGGGCUACACCGACCACGACGGCACUUCUACUGUUUCUUAGUUCGAGACAGCCUGAAUGUCCGGCCACCAGGCCGAUACGUUUUAUCGUGUCUGCGAGUCGACAAGUACGAAGACAAUGAAACUGGGGAAAAAAACAAAUCUAAACUCAGCCAUGAUGAGCAGCGACGUAAAAAUCGCCGACAACAACAACGGAGACAGCAAAGGCAGCUUCGAAAUCCAGUGUUGCAUUUUGUCGUGAAUGAGAUAAUCCUGCAACCAGGAACAGUAUAUGAACGAUCGCAAUUCAGUUUUGGAGAAACUUUACCCUCAAUGCCUACUGCUGYUUCAACUGCAGUUGUAAACAACAACGACCAGCGUCAACCGGGAUUUGAUAGUGUACCCGAUCUGAUUAGGUACUAUGUUGGUGGUGCUGAUGACAAUGCCGUACUCAUAUAUGGAGGUGGAAAUGUUGGUGCUGUGAGUGGUAGUAUGACAUUUUCUCGAAUACCGCAAACUGAGGUACGACUUCGGUAUCCAUGCAACAGACGCCGUCCACUGAUAGGAGACUACUCGUUGGUUGAAUCUGCAUUUCCAAAUAUUCUCCCGAGUACGGUUGAAAAUUCUGGGCUGACACGACAACGUUGCCGUACUUUGACUUCGGCUUCCGUAUGCACUGAAGGACUACGGAUAUUAUCUACUUCUCCUAGUAGGGAAAUAGAAGAAUCAACGUCAUCUCAAAAUACAAACCAUGGAAACCAUUCACCGUCGCCGCCUCCUCAAACUUCAAAAUGGAUGCGCAUGCAGUCUUCAUCUAGGUCGUCAAUCCGAAUAAUUCCUUCAGCAACUGUAACUUCCGAAAUGGUCACAUCAUCUACGUCUUUGAAGACUUUUUCAGCAGGAGGAUCGGCUAAUCAACCUCAGUCACAACUAUUGACAAAAUAUCCUUAUCCUCCAAGAAUUGACUCACAAUUGUCAUUUACUGAGUCCAUUUCAGUAUCACCAAAUUUGUCUGUUAAAACUUUACCACGUCAACCGAAAUCCUCUUAUCCACUUCCUUCAAUCUCUGGAUCAUCGUCAUCAUUAUCAUCUGAACGUCCUUCAAAUUCGGGGUCAAAAUCAAUAUCGGACCAAUCAAGUUUAUCACUGCGACCUUACCCAUCAUAUCCAGAUAUGCCAUCUAGAGGUACUCAACUAUCAAUAUCUGAUUUAUUAUCAUCACCGUCGUCUUCAAUGGAUCCAACAAGGCUUUCGCGGAGUAUCUCAAGGACUAAUUCUUUAAAUCGUGAGUUCGAUGAACCUUUCGGCUUUUACAAAGAAAACAUUGAGGGUGCACAACCAAGUCCCUCUAGAUCACCACAUUUAGUUAAUAAUUUUUACAACCAGUAUGAAGAUAAUACAUAUUCUUCGCCAUUUGAYACAGCAGUAUUGUCAUCAUUUGUCCUACGAAGACCGACACCCAAAGUUAACCGGUUUGAACAAAAUCCGGAGCCGUAUCCKUGUGAUUUUUUUAGGUAUUUUGUUGAAGACUCCAAACCCCCUACUAUGUCUGUUGACAGGUCACCAAGUCCUCAGAUUAAGCCCGAAGCACCUCAAGUUCCUAAUAAUAGUCAGAACAUAUCAAAUCCCUCAGGAAAUAAGAAUUAUAGCGUUGAUAAAAAAGGGGAACAGAGAUCCUCGUCGUCCGAUUCUUCUUCCAUUUCAACAUCUACGUUAAAGGAUGAAGAGAUAGAGCAUAAUAGAUGUAGACAGUUAACCGAUCGUCAAAAAGUAAAAAUCGCUGUAGAGCAACCACAACAAAAUGUGUACCAAUUCGUUGAAAAGCAGGUAUUAAAUAGUCAAAGAGAAACUCAGAAUGAGGAGAUCCAAGAGRUUGAGAAUCCAAUAAAAAAUGUUGAGAUAAGGCAAAAAAGUGUUGAAGGAGAGCAUACAAUUGAUGAUGAAAAUGUAGAUGGAAAAGAAAGUGAUAAGCAGAGAUCUUCGGAUCUAGAUUCCAAUGUAGAAAAAUCAUCAAAAGCAUCUGAAAAUCAAAAUUUUCAGAAAUGCCGCACCCGUUCUAACACCAUUCGUCAAGGAUUAKUUGAUAUGCUGAAACAACCACAUCUAGAUCAGCAGCAUCGAGAACUAACUCAAAUCACGGGGAUACGAGAUUAUGAUCCACGACAACGACGUUUACGGCAAAUGCAUCAGACGCUAAUUGAAGACCAGGAGGUUGAUCAUACGACAGAUAGUAUGAAAAUGGAAUCUCGUAAAAUCAUCUCAGAUAUARAAACUAGCAAACUAAUAAAAUUAACUAAUCGCACUGACCGAGCUGCCACAGUUGCCCCRGCUAAAAUUCGUGCAGCUCGUAAUUCUAUUAGGUCAUCAAAUAGUUACUUAGCUGAAAAUAUGAUAAGGCAGUGGGCUGGCUUACAAAAAAUGUCUAACUUAAGUAGAAACUCUAAAGUUACGGAAGUAAACCACCGAAUCCAAAUACCUGUAAUCGAACUUAUGCCACAUAUUCGGCGGAAACGACAACAGAACAAUAAACCUAAGACUGUUUCGGAAAAACACCAUUUGCCGGCGUGUACCGACUUUUCGUCGGCURAAAAGACCCUUAGAGAACACGUGACUCAACUUGGAGAAACCCAACUACGAGUGCAAAUGAAUAUGAACUGUCCUCAAGUGAAUCUGGAAAAAACUGGCCAUAGCAUCUUCAACCACGAGAGUAACGACACUCCUGUGACUAAAGCUGGCCAAUCAAAUACAACCGCAAUAUUUAGUGAUAUUUACUGCCCUCUCACUAAAAUUAUUCCCUCAAUGACCGCCGAGUCCAGUACUAGUACAUCCAGCCAAGAAAUAGGUUCUGUUGGUGUUGGCAGUAUUGGAUGUAAGCCGGCUUGCGAUUAUGUAAAUAUCAACUCUCAAUUCGAUAACCAUCAAAACUCAUUCAAUAAAAGUGAUACCCGAAAUUUCAACACCAACAAUUUUGGAACCCAUCGCAAAAAUAAUCAACACCAUGGAUAUAAACAUCAAGUUAGCAAACCACAAAGCAACAAUAACCCUAACAAUUUCGUUGAUAAUAACGAACCAAUUGCCGAUUAUGAAAAUAUACUUUCUCACAACAUUGACGAUACCGAUGAUUUUAAUUACGAAAAUAUAAGUCGAAAUAAUGACGAAAAACAGCAACAACUUAUUUAUGACUUUAAUGGAAGUAAUUCUGCAGUUGCUGCUGCCUUACGGGCCGUCCACCUGGCAAUAAUUGGUAAUCCUGAUGACAAGGAUGGAGCAACAGUGGGUACGGGAAAACUAGCUGCCGCCUUGUGCCGUGCAGAUGGCCGGGUCACCGUAUUACCAUAUCGACGAAAUGUAACUAAAAGUAAACAAGUUGGRCCACUUUUGAGUACAUGUCCACUUCAACUUUUAGGUCAACUAGGAGCUGCUGGUCGUCGUGCUCGUCUGGAUGUUAUAGAAAGAUUUGCUUGUCUACAGUACCUCGUCGCAAUGACGGUAAUAGUGACUCCUUGUUUGAUGCUAAUUGGCAGUGAUAUCAAUUUCAAAGAAAAUCUAGUAGAUGAAAAUCUUGAAUGGAGUUUGGAAGAUGAAUACGAAUACCGGCGUCGGCGAUUCUAUUAUCAAUGUGCUGGUAUCAGUAGCUUGUGUGUCUCCGAUAACUAUUCUACCUCAGAUGACGAUGAAGAGAGUUAUAGACUAACAGCUAAUUCAGAUUUUGACUCUGGAUAUUCAUUGCCACCAAGAGAAGAGUGGGCUGUUGAAAAACGUCACUGGUGGGAUCUACUGACUAAACAUAGGGCAGCUGCCCUUGAUAAGUGGAUUCGUACAGCAGCUGAUACCAAACAGGCAGUGGGAGAUGUGUAUGGUUAUCGGGCUCUAAUGUCUGCGCUAUGUUCUGACAGGAUCCAAUCACUUCAAGAUGCAUGGGCAACUCUUCGGCGGUUACACACUGCCACGGCCGUGGCGUUUGAGUCCCGUCUUCGACCUGAGUUUCUGGGCCGCAGAGAAAAAAAUUUAAUGACAGUUUCGGGGAAACCAGGUAUUAAUGAAAUCGAUGACAACGACAUGAAUGAGCUACUACAGCUUCCACCAAACGCGACUGUUCCUGAUGCCACAGCAUUGGCUGUACUAUACGAACAUUUAUAUAACGUCGAURGUUGUAACACUGGUAGUAGCAUUGACACUACAACCACUGUUUCMAGUGAUAUUGGCAGUAAGAAAGAAUUAGACACUAGAAUAUCAUCGUUUUUUAUUUCACCAUUGUCCCUGUCACCUUCACCGUGGUUAUCUCUCAAUAGUGGAAUAAGUGGUGGUUUAGGGUUAUCGAUUGCAUCUGACUACGGACUGAGUGCUCUUCAUGUUCAGUGUAUUCAGUACUCCGAAUGGGUGCAGCAGAGUUACGUUAAUGAUGAUUCUAUAUCAACGAAAACACCAAUGUUACAAUUGGACCGGUUUCGAAGUAACUUCCAUGCAUUAUUACGUCAAUACAGCGGAAGUGGCUUUGAUAUUUWUGAUGACGGCGAUGAAGGCUUUAACAAAGACAAAAACUUCCAGAAAGAUGGAAAUACCAACUACCACAAGAAAAUUAAUUACAAGCGAAACAAUGACUUUGGAUACGAACGCCAGUAUGAAGACAGUGUGGAGGAGUAUGAUUAUGAUGACUGUGGUGAUGACGAUGAUGAUGAUGCUACAGUUAUCUGUUACGAUAACAGAAGUUCUCUUUCAGCGGGUAGAAGAGUUGGAAUUGAUACAAUGUGCGCGGACUCACAUGUAGGAGCUACGGCCACAGAAAUGCAACAAAAAACAACUACAAAAAAUGAAAAAUGCCAUCGCCUUCAACAAAAUCAAGAAAAUGACCAAUACUAUCGAUGGGUCGAAGAUGUGUGUGCUUUUAGUCCAGGGCCCGCACCUCUUAACAUCGUAUUCUGUACCGAGCUUCAUGUCUGCCUAUUUUGGCCUCCAACUCUUUUCCUUCAAGACAUUAAUGACGACAAAGAUACCAUUGAGUUGGCGAUACCCGCCUACGCGUUAGGUACAACUUACGUUGCGGCAGAAGCCGCUUACCAAAAUGAAAGCGAAUCUAAUAGCACUGCGUCUCAAGCAUUGCCUUUGAAUCAUGUGAUUUCUGCACAUCUGGAUCAAGCUGCUCAAGAUAUGCGUCUCAGGUACAAAGCCAUGGAUGAUUUUUUGGAUAAAGCUUGUUCCUAUUCAGCGUUUCUCGCUAAAGUAGCUUAUGAAGAUAAUACGACGGUGGGCAAAUAAAAACAGCAUUGUAUGCUAUCACAGGGUGUUUAGAACAGCCAUCCUUUUUCACUUUGAAUAUUUCGAUUGUUUUAAGGGAAUCUUUAAAUAUUUAAUAUGACUUAGGAUUAUCAGGACAGGUUAAACAUAAUAUUUAAAAAAGUAAUAAUCAAAU